UGUGUGUGUGUGUGUGUGUGUGUGUGUGUGUGUGUGUGUGUAUAGAUCAGACCUGUGAGGAUGCUUCUUGUCCGUUCUCUGGGAUGGUGACCCUGAGGUCACAGACUGAGAUCUGUCUCGAGCUGUUUGGAAUUUCCCAGAAUUCCCUGCCUGGAUGCGUCGCCUUCACCAACCGUUACUACGGAGGAGACGAGCCACACACACACCGGGUGCUCUACGUCAACGGUGGGGUCGACCCGUGGAAGGAGCUGUCGGUGGGGAACAGGACCGAUGGAGGAGAGGAAGCAGAGAGCGUUUUCAUUGGAGACAGCGCUCACUGUGCGGACAUGGCGAGAGGAAGAGUCACCGACCGCCGCUCGCUGAAGAACGCCAGACAGGAGAUUGAGAAACACGUGGAGAGCUGGCUGAAGACGGCCCAACAGGAGAAGAAAAGGACAGAGUGAAGAUAUUUGAUCACAAACUGAUGAAGCAGUGAAUACAGUAAGCUGCUCUUCAUCAUCAUCAUCAUCAUCAUCAUCAUCAUCAUCAUUCUAGGUGUAAAGAUGUUUUACAAAAUAUUUUCUAAAGGUUUCCAAAUCAUUCAGUAGUUGUUCAAACAUAAUACAUAUAGUAUAUAAAAUGUUAAAAUAUGUGCAACAGUAAAAAGUUUAUAAAUAUUUUACUAAAGUAAUUAUAAUGGAAGUGUCAUCGUCUCGUAUCAUCUAUGGAUACAAUACCAUUUAUUAAAUCAUUUCCAUUUAUACAUGAUUAU